UUUUUAAGCUUCGCGUCAAGAGAUCUAGAGAUCCAUUUCAGCAGCAUCCGUCUUUGCGACCCAUUUUAUUUCUGCAUGGCGUAACAUAGUUCGUUGACCUGGCCCUACAAACCCGCGUGCGAGGAUAUGGAAGAGGAACUUGACGAUUCCAUCUCGUCCGGCCACAGUACUCCCCACCCGGAAAGCCAGCAACAGACCAAUGCGGUGUUGCAGGCACAAUUGGAAAAUGAACAAUUGUUGCGAACACUAUCUGCUGUUGAAAAGAGGGUUGUUCUACUGUUGACAUCUGCAAGUGAGGCCGUAGCACAACUAGCGAAUGAAGCGGACGGUGAAGAGGCGGAGGAAAAGUUUGCGGAAAGCUUUCAGGUUUAUGUACAAACCUUAAACGAAAUCCAAUCCUAUCUUCGGCGCAUCUUUCGACAUCUUUCAAAGUCUGGCAUUUUGGCUGCAGCGGGUCGAUCCAUUCCCUAUCGUGCCAGUCUCGCAGGAGAAGAAAAGGAUUUGGAACUAGCAGCGAAAAGAGUGUCGUUGUUGUUGACCGAAGUGGAAAACUCAUUGGGGCAAAUAAAGCGGGAUAACUCUGAUAAUUCUCAAGAAAGUAUUGUGUACGAAAUGAAAGAGGAGGACUAGUGAAAAUGUGUUUUCUGCCAAGCUAUCUACUCUUCGUUCAGACCUUCUCUAACCAACACAGCGAUGGGGAACUCUUC